AUGAAGACAAUUUGUGGACAUUGUGUUUCAUUGAAAGAAAUAUCACUUUCAAAAGCAGCAAAAAUUCUCUCCAAGUUUGUCUCUGCUGAGAACGGUGCUUCACAUGUCAUCAGUGCAUAUCUCCACCGGGCCUCUGCAUCUUUCAAUGAGCUGGACCAUCUCCACAAGGAGCUUAAGUCGUCGCGCUCUCAUAAGAAGAAGAACAAAGGGCAACGGUUUGGCAGUGAGUAUGCUGAUGACGAUGAUGAAAAAUCAGCUCAGACUGUUGUUAAUUUAAGUCAAGAACUUGAUGGUUCUAUUGGGUAUCAAGCAGGAAAUGUGGGUGGGAGUGAGAAGCACAAGAAGAAUAAAAAGAAGAAACAGGAAGUUGAGUCCAGGCACGAUAGAGAUAGCGGAAUUAAAUUUGGAGAGAGGGAAGGUGAUGAAAAACCAUCUACUGUGGAAAAAAAUGAUUUUUUUUCAGGCCAAGAACAGGGCAAUGAAGGUGAGAAACAAAAAAAGGAGAAGAAGAAAAAGCACAAGGAUGGUAAUUGUAAUUUUUCCGGUAAUAAGGGUGAGGUUGAGAAUCUCGAAGGUGAGAAUACAGAGGGACAAGAACAACAGAAAGAGAUAGAAAAGAAGCUAUUCAACAGUGUGGAGGGGGGAAAUGGAGGGCUAGUUGGUCCUCAGGACUUACAAAUUAAGAAGAAAAGGAAACACGAGGCAGGGAAUGAGAGUAAGUUGUAUGCUGAAGAGGUAAAGAUGGAGCAAAGGAGGAAGAGGAAGAAUGACGAUGUGGAAGGGAUACAAGAAGAUAGAUCUGGGGAUCUGAGUAAGAAGAGAAUGAAAAGGAAGCACCAGAGCGAUCCUCAGUUUUAG